AUGGAGCCGGAAGCGGUGCUGUGGGGCCCAGAUCUGCAAGGCCCUGAGCAGAGCCCCAACGAUGCUCACAGAGGUGCCGAGAGUGGGAACGAAGAGGAGAGCCCUCGGCAGGAAAGCUCUGGGGAAGAGAUCAUCUUGGGCGAUCCAGCUCAGAGCCCAGAAUUCAAGGACCCACCAGAGAUGGCCCCGGAGAGAGCCUCCCCGGAUCCCUCAGGCCCCCAGGACCCCCCAUCUCCACUGGGUGACCCCAACCCCCUGGACCACCAGACUCCUCUUGACCACCCGACCGCCGAGGCGGUCCCUACCCCGUCUGACUGGACCAAGGCCUGCGAGGCCAGCUGGCAGUGGGGGACUCUGACCACAUGGAACAGCCCCCCGGUGGUCCCCGUCAACGAGUCCAGCCUGCGGGAGCUGGUGCAAGGCCGGCCCUCCGGGGCCGAGAAGCCCUACAUCUGCAACGAGUGCGGCAAGAGCUUCAGCCAGUGGUCCAAGCUGCUGCGGCACCAGCGCAUCCACACGGGCGAGCGCCCCAACACCUGCUCCGAGUGCGGCAAGAGCUUCACGCAGAGCUCGCAUCUGGUGCAGCACCAGCGCACGCACACCGGCGAGAAGCCCUACAAGUGCCCGGACUGCGGCAAGUGUUUCAGCUGGAGCUCCAACCUGGUGCAGCACCAGCGCACGCACACGGGCGAGAAGCCCUACAAGUGCACCGAGUGCGAGAAGGCCUUCACCCAGAGCACCAACCUCAUCAAGCACCAGCGCUCGCACACAGGCGAGAAGCCCUACAAGUGCGGCGAGUGCCGGCGCGCCUUCUACCGCAGCUCCGACCUCAUCCAGCACCAGGCCACGCACACCGGCGAGAAGCCCUACAAGUGCCCUGAGUGCGGCAAGCGCUUCGGCCAGAACCACAACCUCCUCAAGCACCAGAAGAUCCACGCGGGCGAGAAGCCUUACCGCUGCACCGAGUGCGGCAAGAGCUUCAUCCAGAGCUCGGAGCUGACCCAGCACCAGCGCACGCACACCGGCGAGAAGCCCUACGAGUGCCUCGAGUGCGGCAAGAGCUUCGGCCACAGCUCCACCCUCAUCAAGCACCAGCGCACCCACCUGCGCGAGGACCCCUUCAAGUGCCCGGUCUGCGGCAAGACCUUCACGCUGAGCGCCACGCUGCUGCGGCACCAGCGCACCCACACGGGCGAGCGGCCCUACAAGUGCCCGGAGUGCGGCAAGAGCUUCAGCGUCAGCUCCAACCUCAUCAACCACCAGCGCAUCCACCGCGGGGAGCGGCCCUACAUCUGCGCCGACUGCGGCAAGAGCUUCAUCAUGAGCUCCACGCUCAUCCGCCACCAGCGCAUCCACACGGGCGAGAAGCCCUACAAGUGCUCCGACUGCGGCAAGAGCUUCAUCCGCAGCUCCCACCUCAUCCAGCACCGCCGCACCCACACGGGUGAGAAGCCCUACAAGUGCCCCGAGUGCGGCAAGAGCUUCAGCCAGAGCUCCAACCUCAUCACGCACGUGCGCACCCACAUGGAUGAGAACCUGUUCGUGUGCUCCGACUGCGGGAAGGCCUUCCUGGAGGCCCAUGAGCUGGAACAGCACCGGGUGAUCCACGAACGAGGGAAGACACCGGCCCGGAGAGCUCAGGGCGACUCUCUGCUCGGGCUCGGGGACCCCGCCCUGCUGACCCCGCCCCCUGGAGCCAAACCACACAAGUGUCUUGUCUGUGGAAAGGGGUUCAACGAUGAGGGCAUUUUCAUGCAGCACCAGAGGAUCCACAUCGGAGAAAACCCCUACAAAAACUCAGACGGCCUCCUCGCACACCCAGCCCCCAAGCCUUCCCAGCUCCGGCCGGCCAGGCUCCCUUUUGGAGGCAACUCCUACCCCGGUGCUUCAGAGGGCAGAGCGGACGCCCUGGGACAGCCCUUUAAGACGCCGGAGGGGCAGGAGAGCUUCAGCCAAAGGCUGGGCCUGCUCUCCAAGUCCUACAUCUGCUCCCACUGCGGAGAAAGCUUCCUGGACCGGGCUGUGCUCCUCCAACACCAGCUCACCCACGGCAGCGAGAAGCCCUUCCUCUUUCCCGAUUAUAGGAUUGGUCUAGCAGAAGGGGCAGGGCCCAGUCCCUUCCUCAGCAGAAAGCCCUUUAAAUGCCCCGAGUGCAAAAAGAGCUUUGGGCUCAGCUCGGAGCUGCUGCUGCACCAGAAAGUCCAUGCGGGUGGGAAAGCACAGAAGAGCCCAGAGCUGGCCAAGAGCUCGUCUGUCCUCCUGGAGCACCUCAGGAGCCCUCUGGGGGCCAGACCCUACAGCUGCUCAGAUUGUGGGGCCUCCUUCCAGGAUCGCCUUGCCCUCCUCCGGCACCAGGAGACACACACCCAGGAAAAGUCCCCCAGACCCGAAGACCCCCUUCCAGAGCCAGUCACCCCGCCCCCAAGUCAGGAAGGUGAAAGCGAGGCCCCCACACCCGCAGGGAGCAGUAGCCAUGAGGAAGGGGAAGCCCCCAAAACUCUCUUGGAAGAAAAGCCCUAUUUGUGCCCCGAGUGCGGAGAUGGCUUCACAGAGGUCGCAGCCCUCCUUCUCCACAGGAGCUGCCACCCCGGAGUUGCCCUGUGA